AAGUUAUAUUAUAAAAGCAGAAGAAAACGACUUCUGACUCUAAGACAGCCUCUGAGUUUGACCGCGGGUGUUGUAUUCUCUGUCCAGAAAAUAAGCAAUUUUAAUUUACAACACAAAAGAAACGCCAGUUCCAAUUUUCUCCACGUUAAUUUCUAUGGGGAAGAUCAAAUCUUUCAAGCAGCAAUAUUCAUUGGAUGAACGAGUCGAAGAAUCGAAGAAUAUCAUUGCAAAAUACCCAGACAGAGUUCCUGUGAUCAUUGAAAGGUAUUCAAGGACAGACCUGCCUGAAAUGGAAAAAAAGAAAUACCUGAUUCCUAGAGACAUGUCAGUUGGACAAUUUAUCCAUGUAUUAAGCAGCAGGUUGCAUUUGACUCCUGGCAAAGCUCUAUUUGUAUUUGUGAAGAACACAUUACCCCAAACAGCAAGCUGUAUGGACGCUGUGUAUGAAACUUACAAGGAUGACGAUGGAUUUCUUUAUAUGUGCUACAGUUGUGAGAAAACCUUUGGCUAAUCUAAUUUCAUUUUUUCUUUUCCACCAGCCUUCUGGUUGUGCUUUCGUGUAAGUAUUUGUAAUUAAGAUAUUCUCAGUAUAAAUGUGCCUGUACGGCAUGACAUUGCAUGGCAUAUGGCAAAGUAUGCUCAUACUCGAAAUGUAUUUACUUUGUAUUUUCUGUAAAGUUAUGACCUUAAAUGGUGUAAUCCUUUGUCUGCAACUGAAAAUAAGAUUUAUGACAUACUCACCACAUUUGGUUCAA